GCAGCGCCGGAGGGACGCGGCUCCCAUUCAUGAGCAGCCGCGCGCCCGCCGCCCCGGGGCCGGGGCCGGUGGUGGCGGCGGCGGCGGCGGCGGAGAACGGAGCGGGAGGCGGGCGGCCCGGCCCGGUGCCGGUACCCGGCGGAGCGGCGGCGGCGGCGGCGGCGGGGCAGGUGCGCGGCGGGCGGUGAGGCGGCACCGCCAUGGACACGUCGGGGCACUUCCACGAUUCGGGCGUGGGGGACCUGGAGGAGGACCCCCGGUGCCCGUGCCCGUCGUCGGGGGACGAGCGGCCGCCGCCGCCGCCGCCGCCCGCCGCGCUGCCGCCGCUCCAGCACAGCCUGUUGCACUCCUCGCCCGGGUCGCUGCGGGCCCCUCCUCCCGCCGCCCCCGCCGCCCUCCACCCUUCCUCCCGCCACGGCAGCCAGCUCAACCUCAGCGACCACUUGGGCGGCCACUCGCCGGGCUCGGCGGUGCCGUCGGGGGGCAAACACCGGCAGCCCAGCCCCCUGGUGCACCGGCGGGACAGCAACCCCUUCACCGAGAUCGCCAUGAGCUCCUGCAAGUACAGCGGGGGGGUGAUGAAGCCCCUCAGCCGGCUCAGUGCCUCCCGCAGGAACCUCAUCGAGGCCGAACCCGAAGCUCAGCCCUUACAGCUCUUCGGGGCCGGCGGACCCCCCGAAAUCGUCGUCUCCCGCGAGGACAACCACGCGCCCCCCGCCCGGCCCCCCACCCGGCACGGCCCCCGCGCCGACCGCCCCUCCGCCCGCCCCGCGCCCGCCGGCUUUGCCAAAGGGCCCAAACGCAAAGCGCAGAACAUCGGGUACCGAUUGGGCCACCGGCGUGCGCUGUUCGAGAAGCGGAAGCGGCUCAGCGACUACGCGCUCAUCUUCGGCAUGUUCGGCAUCGUCGUCAUGGUCAUCGAGACCGAGCUGUCCUGGGGGCUCUACUCCAAGGACUCCAUGUUCUCCCUGGCCCUGAAAUGCCUUAUCAGCCUCUCCACCGUCAUCCUGCUGGGGCUCAUCAUCGCCUACCACACGCGGGAGGUGCAGCUCUUUGUGAUCGACAACGGCGCCGACGACUGGCGGAUCGCGAUGACCUACGAGCGCAUCCUCUACAUCAGCCUGGAGAUGCUGGUUUGUGCCAUCCACCCCAUCCCUGGGGAGUACAAAUUUUUCUGGACCGCACGCUUGGCGUUCUCCUACACUCCCUCUCGGGCGGAGGCGGACGUGGACAUCAUCCUGUCCAUCCCCAUGUUCCUGAGGCUCUACCUGAUCGCACGCGUCAUGCUGCUGCACAGCAAGCUCUUCACCGACGCCUCGUCGCGCAGCAUCGGCGCGCUCAACAAGAUCAACUUCAACACCCGCUUUGUCAUGAAGACCCUCAUGACCAUCUGCCCCGGGACGGUGCUGCUGGUGUUCAGUAUCUCCCUCUGGAUCAUCGCCGCAUGGACGGUGCGGGUGUGCGAGAGGUACCACGACCAGCAGGACGUGACCAGCAACUUCCUGGGAGCCAUGUGGCUCAUCUCCAUCACCUUCCUCUCCAUCGGGUAUGGGGACAUGGUGCCGCAUACCUACUGCGGGAAGGGGGUCUGUCUGCUCACCGGCAUCAUGGGCGCCGGCUGCACGGCCCUGGUGGUGGCCGUGGUGGCCCGAAAGCUGGAGCUCACCAAAGCUGAGAAGCACGUCCACAACUUCAUGAUGGACACGCAGCUGACCAAGCGGAUCAAGAACGCGGCGGCCAACGUCCUGCGGGAGACGUGGCUCAUCUACAAGCACACCAAGCUGCUGAAAAAGAUCGACCACGCCAAAGUCCGGAAGCACCAGAGGAAGUUCCUACAAGCCAUCCACCAGUUGCGCAGUGUGAAGAUGGAGCAGCGGAAGCUGAGCGACCAGGCCAACACGCUGGUCGACCUCUCGAAGAUGCAGAACGUGAUGUACGACCUCAUCACCGAGCUCAACGACCGCAGCGAGGACCUGGAGAAGCAGCUCGGCAGCCUGGAGGCCAAACUGGAACAGCUGAACGCCAGCUUCAACUCACUGCCUCUGCUGCUGGCCGACAUGCUGCGCCAGCAGCACCAACGCCUGCUCGCCGCCGUGGUGGAGGCUCGGGCCGUUGCCGUGCCCGCCGGCACCCCGCAGACCCCGCUGUCCGAGAGCCCCAUCGGGGUCAGCUCCACCUCCUUCCCCACCCCUUACACCAGCUCCAGCAGCUGCUAAAAGCGCAGAGCAAAGCCCCCUCCUGGCGCUCCGCGGACACGGGGAGAGCUGGCGGCGGUCCCGAGGACUCGGUGUUCCCUCUGGGAACGGUGUUGGAGCGGUGACGCCUUGGGAUGGACAUCUCCCCCCUUCUCCCCCUCCCCCCCAACCCCCUCUUCCCCCCCAUCUUCUCCCCUCCCCCCCCCCCCCCCCCGUUUCGGUGCCUCUACUCGUGGUGAAGGAAGGGGACGGAGGCGACGCUUCGCGCCGCGGCGCUCGGUGGAGGACAGGAAUCCACGCUCAAAUCUCAGGUCUUCACAUUGAAAACAAAACAAAACGAACACAAACCAGUCGGAAGCACUGAAGCGACGGAGACACCGGAGGGAGAAACGCACCGUGUGGAGCGCGGGGGCUGCGGGGGGCACAGGGCUGCUCACCCCCUCCCCCCGGCCCCCCCUCCCCCCGCCCCCCCGGUGCAUUCCCCUCCUCCUGACCCUGGAGUUCUUGCACAGCUCUGCCCUGAGAUGUCCGUGCUCCGUCCCGUCUCCUUGCCAAGACACCAACGCGUUCCCCUCGCUCUGUUCCAGGGUAGGUGGUGGGUUCCGAGCUGCCCCGUGGGGGGGGGCUCUCUGCAGCACCGGUGCUCUCCGCUGGGGUCAGAACCAGAUCUUCGUUUUGGCUCAUUGGAGCCUCAAGCAGUGCUUAACGCAGGUGGGGGGGCGGUCCCACCGCUGCCCCCCCCCACCCCAUCCGGGGGUCUCCGAGCCCGAGGAAACACCCCUGCGCUUGGGGAAGUCACCGGGCACGGCUCCGACCCCGAUGCCACGGACGAUCGAUGCUCAGUGUGGGACGCUUCAUCUGUUUAAAAGCUCUCCCCGCCCCGCACCGCUCCCGCUGGGGGUCGGCAGCAGCGGGGAGCGGAGGUCUCUGUUCUGCUGUCACCGCGUCCCCUCCUCGUGUCACCCCGCAGCAGUUUGGGGUUCUGCCCGGUCCCUGCGCUGCCCCCCCCCCCCCCCCCUGCUUUGGGGGGACGGCGUUUGCUGCUUUCAUUGAAAGAACAGCAGAGGAUAUUUAUAUAUUUUUAAACAGAUGAAGUAAGCGUGUAAUUACUCCGCGAUAUUAAUUACACAUCACCCGGCAGUGUCAGUAAUUGUAAUCAAAAGCCACUGUGUUACUCCAGGUAUACUCAGCCUGUAAUCUUCUCCUUUGUAACUCUUUCGCUCCCGGCAGUAACGCUGCGUUCCGUGCGCACGUAGGCAGGGAAGGAUCAGCCCCAAGUGCAGAGGAAUUGCUGUGCAAAACCCCACUCCCUGCUGCUGGAAGGUGUCUUACUCCUCGUGCCCCGCAAUUAAAGCUGCACAGGAAACAAGCAGCAGUUACGAGGCACUUCCCCCCCCCCCCCCCCCCACCUCCUCCGGCCCUGCCAUAGGCACAUGGCAGAGGAGGAGGAGGAGGAGGAGGAAGGCUCCUCCAGAGGAGCUGCAAAGUGCUCUCCUGGUGCUGCAGAGGUGGUGCUGUGAAGGCUGUUGGUAGAGCGGGAGCAGCCCCGGUUGUUCUUUGUCGCAUGGUUUGCAUUCAGGGAGCACAGAGCUCACUGCCAACGUUUUCUAUUCCUUGGCUGGCGGCGCGUCUUCAGCUUCUGGGAAGCAGCUGCCCUUCCCCUGCACGAAGAUCUUGUCAUUAGUUUAAUUGCAGGGCGGGCAGGGCUGAUAGGAGCAUGUCAAUGCCUCGGCAGCGUGCCAGCGCCGGCCCUCAGUGCUGUUACCAGUCCCUGUGCCUCCAGGUAACCAUCCCUCACCUCCCCGCUCCUCGGAUGGGGUGAAGAGGAGCUGCCCAUCUUCCCAUCAUCUUCCCAAGGAGAUUUCGAGCACGGCAAUGGAGAAAGCCUUGUAGACGCCAAAGAGCAGCUAAAAUACAGAAUCUCCACUGGCCGCAGGCAGCCAGCAGAGAAGAACGUUUCCACGCCUCUCCUGUGGUUUGUGCAGGAGCAAAGCGCCGUGCACGACGUGUACGUGGAGAUGCAGCCAUGCGUCGUGGGGCUGAAGGAAGUAUUGAUGGCUGGGAAUCGAUAUCUCCAGCGGGAACCUCCUGACGGGCUGGUAAUCAAGUCUGAGAAAGCAACGCGAGUAGGACAAGAGGAGGAAGUGCCAGCUGGGCUGUGAGGGAGUGACAGAGCGGUGAUGAGAGCUUCAGCAUUGCCACCAGUGCAGGAGCACCUCGUCUCCUUGGGCAGAGCUGCUUCCUCCUCACGGCACCGCUGCAGCCCACGGCCCUGCGCCCACCAUCUCAUGCUCUGAGCUCAGAGCUUGCAUGUGGCACCCCCAGCUCUGCACCUUGCACCCUGCGGACCCCCAUCCUCACCGUGGCACAGCCCAGCAGUCCCUCUGCCCGGCACCCUGCACCUCAUGCACCUUGCACCCAUGCACCUUUCAUCCCUUGUGCCCUACAUCCUUCAUUCCAUAAACACUGCACCUUUCAUCCUAUGCAUACUUCAUCCCUUGCACCCUCAAGUCUGCAUCCAUGCACCCUACACCCUUCAUUCCCCACACACUACACCCUACACCCCAUGCACCCUUCAUUCCAUUCACCCUACUUCUCAUGCACCCUUCUUCCAAUGCACUCUACACCCUCCAUCCCAUGCACCCUCCAUCCAAUGCACUACACCCUACAUCCCACGUACCCUUAUUCCCUUGCACCCUUCAUCCCUCAUACCCUACACCCUCCUUCCCAUGCACCCUUCAUCCAAUGCACCCUACACCCUCCAUCCCAUGCACUCUUCAUCCAGUACUCUACACCCUACAUCCUAUUUAUCCUUUUUCCUACCCUUCAUCCCUCAUACCCUACACCCUCCAUCCUGUGCACCCUCCAUCCAAUGCACUACACCCUACAUCCCACGUAUCCUUAUUCCCGUGCACCCUUCAUCCCUCGUACCCUACACCCUCCAUCCCGUACGCCCUCCAUCCAAUGCACUACACCCUACAUCCUUCACCCCGCCUCCCGCCGCCGGUUCAGCACCGCGGACAGCGCCUCGCCGGUCCCGGUGUCGGUCCCGGUGUCGGUCCCGGUGCUCUGAGGGCACUGAGCCCAACACACACCGACAGAUGCCGGGGGAACUCUCCCUUCCCCUGUGCUCCGAGCACCAAAGCGAGCAGGGAGGAGAACUGGGACCAACAGGAGCCGUGGAGGAAAAGCACAAGAACCGAACCGCAACGUCCGCUCAUAAACCCAAAGAGAUGCCGACCUCUCACCAGGAAGCAAGCCCUCAGACCCCCACACCGGACCAGCCCACCCCCCCAUUUUGCAAAGCGAGACAACCGCCACCCCUCUCAGCACUCCGGCUGCUACCCCCGGUGGGGUGAGCACCCCCCGACGCCCUCCGCCCCCACCCACCACCUCCUUUGGCACAGCCUCAGUUUCCCCCCCUCUGCGAACCUCUUGCACUGCCUGCAAGGAAACGUCCUAAAAACGCCAGACAAAAAAAAAACCAACAACAACACACGAUGUCCUCUCUGCAAACCCACAGACUGAAGCGUUUCUGUCCAGACUGAAGGAGGCUUCCGCACGGGUUUGCACCUUGCCUCUGUACUGCUCGCUUCUUUUUUUAACGAUAGGGGAAAGCAUAAUAGUUUAUUUUAACUAUGAAAUAUAUUGCUAUAUUACAAAGGUUAUUGUAACUUUCAAUUAUGGUUUUGUACCCGACCAGUUGUCGGCAGGCAGAGACGCCCUCCUGCUGCCAAUGUCUGUUUCUGAGUACAGUCACUGCGGGGCCGGGGCUGGCGGGAGCUCCCUGCCCCCCCCCUCCCCCCAGCACAACCCCCUUCCCGAUCCCUUCCACCCCAAGGCGUUAAUCCCCACUGGGAUCCUAAAUUUGUGUAGCACCGGGGCUUUGCUUUGCGCUUUUCUCGGCCUCCUGAAAGCCAUUCCCUUCUCCUGGCCCCAUUCGCCCCACGGGGUGGAGGCUUUGGGGACGGAGCAGUGCAGGGCGCAUCGCUUCUCCCUCCCCUGUUGGACCUCAGCAACCCAACCGCUCCGAGUUCAGGGAUCACCCAUCCAUCCUCCUCCAAGGGGCAGGAGGGCUGCGGGGUCCCACUCUCUUCUUCCUCUCAGGUCAACGCGUCCCCAGCACGGGGAUGAUGGGGUGAGGGCAUCCCCGCGUCCCCACUGGUGGCACCGCAGGUAAGGAUUUGGCACAGGGAGGCCAUGGGGUGCCCGGAGGUUUUGCUCCCUUCCAUCUCAGGCUGUGGUUGUGUAGGAUGGAGGUGCAGCCCCGAAUUUAGGAGAGGGACGUGGUGAGGUUGCAUGGAUUGUCCCAGCUCAGCCUUCCCGCUCUCAGUGUGCACUCGGGGGGCAUCUCAGCAUCGUGUGCAGGACGAGGUCUGUAGGGAAAUAGUCUUAAAGCUCCCUGUGCAGCCCUGCUCUGCGCUCCUGGCUGCUUCCUUCCAUGUGGAGCCGCAGCCAGGGUUGGGCAUGGCACCCGGGACCAAUUCCUGCUGCCUUCCUCCAGCACAGCAAAAUCCCCUACGCAGCUCCUCUAUCUCCCCCCAUCCCCACAGCGCUGUCACUGUUAUCAGUUAUCACUAUCAGAGCCCGUUAACUCACCCAGAGCUGCAGGUCCUUGCAGCAGCUGAGAGCUCGGAGGGCUCCUUGGAGGGGUGAAGCCCCCCCAGCAGCUCCAGCUGCCCCUCGUUGGGCCCAGCUGGGGGGGGGGGGGUUCCUGGGAUUUAUAGCCAGGCUGGAGGAGAAGGGCUGGCUCCUUUCCUUGUGAGUGGUGGUGAAGGCAUUACUGAUCCCUCCUGUUGGGGCUGGGAUCUGUAGGGUGCUCGGGCCCUUGUGCUCCUCCCAUCCUCAGCCAUCUCACAGCCCUGUGAUCCCCAGGUAGGUGAGCUGGGGUAUCUCUUUUGGGGGGGGGGGAUGCUGCUGCUGGGGGGCUCUGCUCUGCUUCCUGCCCCAUCUUCUCCCCGCUUGGCUCCCCAAGGGCUGUAGGGAGGAUUUAAUGGGGGGAAAGCCCUACUGCUUGGGGGCUUCUUGAUGAACAUCUCACAGAUGAGCCCCAUCUGUGCCCCAUUCCCUGAGCAAAGAGCAGGUCUGCAGCCCGCAGGACGCACUCUUCUCCACCUCCUAUUCAAAGCAUCCCCCCCCCCUGCACUGCACAACCCAACACGGCCCUACAGAGCUGCUUGGGGCUGCGGUGAGGAUCCGGCCCCACACUCGUGUCCCUCCUCCCGAUCUGCGCAUGGCCCUGAAGUGGGGAAGGGAACGGGCCCUGCCCGUCCCAGCAGCAUUGCCAUAAACCGAGCUGUACCCAGAAACAGGCGCGUUUUAAACUAUGGCUUUAACCUGUUCACUGUAAAAAGUGCCUUGGACUUUAAUCUGAAGAGGUCAGUAUCUAUAAAUAUUUACCUGUGCGGGUGUGUAAGUAUGCAGAUCUCGAUGUAUAGUUACACACACAAAUAUAUGACAUAUACGUACCUAUAUAAACGCUUCAGACCCCUCU